UGCUGCAUACUUAAUGACCAAAGACGCCGCAGCAGAAACCGAAGCGGAACAAGGGUUGACGGCGCCCCCACAGGCCAUUCACCAAACGUUAAAUACAACAAUGGGCUGCAAACGUGGAAAUUUUGGCCAUGUCAACAGCAGCAGCAGUAGCAGCAGCAGCAACAGCUGCUGGCAAAAUAAGCGACAGCAACGGACAGCAGAAACUUAAGCAACAGAAUGUGGCAAGCACUUGGCGCAGCAACAACAAAUCGAAUUACACGCACAGCGGACUAGCUGCCUGCCCGAAUGUGACCAACGUUUUGCUGACCCAUUGAAUAUGAGAGUGCAAAAAAAUUCAGUUUGAAGAGCAACAAGGGCGAGUGCAACUGCUGCAGCUGCUGAAUUUAAUUAAUUUAAUUAAGCGCACAAAGAGUCUACAAAAAGGCGGCAGAUUCAUAGCACAUUCGGGGGCGUGGAAGCGGCCAUAAAUCAGCCACAACAGCAGCCCGUUGCACGUCGCCUGCAAUUGGAGUUCAGUUGUUAAACCGAAAAACCCAGGCAAGGCAACGACCCCAAGUAGCAGGCAGCAAGCGGCAGGCAGCAGGGCCUCUCCAACGGGGGAGGUCGCCCUCUCUCGCGUACGUGCGGCCAGCACUGGCCAAUUAGACGCCGCCUCCAAAAGCCAGCGGCAAUAAUUUUGGCUUCAUUGAACGUCAGCCUGAUGCCACACUGAUGACUGCCGCCAAGAGACGUGCAACAACCGGCAGCAGCAGCAGCAGCAGCAACCACGAGUACCAGCAGCUGCUGCAAUAUCAACAUCAUCCCCAUGGCCAGCUCCACCAUCCACAGCAAUACCACCAGAGACAGCAGCAGCACUCGCCCCAACAGCAUCAGCACCAACACCAGCAUCAGGCAUCCGCAGCAGCAUCAGCCACGGCGACACUGCGCGAUUGUUCUGUCAAAUUGCCGCUGGACAUCCUCUGGCUGCCCAAGUCGGCCAUGCGCCCGGUUGGCGCUGAUGCCUCGCACACGGAUUGCAUCCUGGUUGUUGGCGUCUCCCGUCCAAAGCUGGCCGUUGUCUUUCUAACGGUCAUGCUGAUCUCGCUGUUCCUCACCUUUCACGUGCUCUACGACAGCGCCGUGUACAAUAUACAGGCGGCGCAGGCGGUGCACGAACGACAUCGCCUCUCGCUGGCCGCAUCCGCCUCGGCAGCUGCCGCAGCUCCCGCCGCAGCUCGCACAGCGUCGAGUGGCAAUCAUUUGCCCGUGUUUGUAAAGCCCGUGGCCAGCUCAAAUCAACUCAGUCAUCCCAUGGUCUUUCCCUCCAGCCGUGUGCACUUCCCCAAGACCAGUCGACGCCUGCCACAGGCUCUGAUAAUUGGCGUACGCAAGUGCGGCACGAGGGCCCUGCUCGAGAUGCUCUAUCUGCAUCCCCGCAUCCAGAAGGCGGGCGGCGAGGUGCACUUCUUUGACCGGGAUGAGAAUUAUCUGAGGGGCCUGGACUGGUAUCGCAAGAAGAUGCCCCACUCGUUUCGAGGCCAAAUUACCAUCGAGAAGAGUCCCAGCUACUUUGUCUCGCCCGAGGUGCCGGAACGUGUGCGUGCCAUGAAUGCGAGCAUCAAAUUGCUGCUGAUUGUGCGUGAGCCCGUGACCAGAGCCAUUUCGGACUACACACAGCUGCGCAGCCAUGCGGCGACGGCGAUAUUGCCGCUGGCGGAGAGCAGUGCGCCCGGUUCCGGCUAUGGCGCCAAGAUGUCAACGUCUGCGCUCUAUGCCAAGCUCCAGGCGGCCCACGGCUAUGACAAUGCGCUGGGCAGCGGUGCGGGCGCCAAGGAGACAGCUAUAAGUGGACGGACGGGCGCAGCUGCAGCCGUGAGGCGUGGGGGAGCAACAACAACAACAACUAGUAUGCCACCAACCACACCCAGCGCCGCCCAAUUGGCAGCCAAAUCCUUUGAGGAGCUCGCCAUAUUUCCCAAUGGCACCGUUAACGAGGCCUAUCGCCCAUUGAGCAUAUCCAUGUACCAUGUGCAUUUGCAUCGCUGGCUGGAGGUGUUUCCACGCGAGCAACUGCUGGUGGUCAACGGCGAUCGCCUGAUCGAGGAUCCGCUCUCCCAGCUCAAGCGCAUCGAGGCAUUUCUAGGCAUUGAGCAUCGCGUGCGCAGCGAACACUUUUAUUUCAAUGAGACGAAGGGCUUCUACUGCCUGCGCUAUGAUAACGGCGAUCGCUGUCUGCGCGAGACCAAGGGCCGCAAGCAUCCGCAUGUGGAUCCUGUUGUCGUCUCGCGUUUGCGCAAAUUCUUUGCCGAGUAUAAUCAGCGCUUCUACGAGCUGGUUGGCGAGGAUCUCGGCUGGCCCGAGGAGUAGUAGCUGCAAUGGAGAAACAUGGACUGAAAGGCUAACGACCCCCAACUACGACACCAUAUAACAACCCUUUCCCAACCUUAUGCUGGGCUGCACUUUGGCGCAUUUAAUUACAGCGCAACAAAACAAUCGAUGCGAAAAACUGCGUGCAGGCUGCGAGGCUGGGUGGCUGGCUGGCUGACAGGAUGCAGGCCGGAGGGACGCAGAAAGCUGGAAUUACAGUGCACAGCAUGGCGCCAUAUUUCUCUCUGGCUGUCUGCCAGCCGGCUGACAGUUCAAUUAUGCGAACUUUGGCGCCCACGAAUAUCCUUUAUACGCCCAAACCUACAAAACGCAGAUUUCCACUGCAGCGAGCAGAAAGGCAAAAAAAGCGUGAAGAGAAAACAAACAAGAAAAUGUGAAAAUAAAUACCAAAUGAAAACAGAAAAAAAAGAUAAAAAUUAAAGGAUAAGCAGCGCGUGUUUUUUGCAGUGCAGCCGGCCAUGAAAAUGUACGGAAAAAUAUCGAGUAUCCGCACAAGAAAAUAUAAAUUAAAAGCAAUAUCUACAUGAUGCACGAAGCUUGCACUGUCUGUGUGCGAGAGAGAAAGACAAAGAGAGAGAGAGAGAUAGAGAGAGAGAAU